AUGUAUUUAUUUAGUUCACUCAACAAUGAAGAACUAUCAUCUAAAGAUGAAACAACUAAUUCUAUUAUUGAUUGUUUAUCAAUGUAUUCAAUAGCUGCUGCUAUUAGUCUUAUGUCUUCUGUAUCAAAGAAAUCACCUAACAGUAUUCUGAAAGAAUCAAAUGAUACUAAUGAAAAAUCCCCAUUAUCUAAACUGUCCACUUCAGAACUAAAAUCAAAAUGGUGA